AUGUACGAUGCUGUCUUUCAGAUCUUUCAAAGCAGCAGCUCUUUGGAGCUAACCAUUGCAAGUUUCCAUCUCUUAAUGGAGCUGGGCAAGCAAUAUCCAAGAGUAUAUUUGACAAAUUCUGGUUCCCAUCCAACUCUAGUUAUAGUUAAAGAGUCAUGGUCACCAUUUCUCCUUGGCAACAAUGUAGCUUCUGGUGAGCUUGGGAGAAACACCAGUCGCUCAGAUCACCUCUUUGAUUCUUUGAGAUUUUCUUUGUUGACCGAAGCUAUGGUUGAAGCAUCGAAUGACACAGGUGCUAAUAAUGGGCUUAAGCAUAUAGAGAACAUGGUGCUGUUCCAAUAUCUCGUUCGCACACUUGAGGCUGAUUUUGUACCUCGUCAUAUUGCAUAUAAAGAGUCAUUAGACUGGGUGAUUAUCAGGGAAUCUGUUUUAAGCGUGCUUCUGGGAUCGCGAAAACUGGUAUUCAAAAUGUUUGUCAAGAACUGCAUAUCCCUUCUGAACCAACAUCAGCGGGAAGUUGAAGAUGACAUAUCUUCUAAAUCAGCAUCUGAUUUAGAUUCUUCCUUAACCUUUUCAUUGCUUGAGUUUGAAAGAGAAGCGCUUAUAUCCGUGAAAAAACUUUUCAUUAUGGUUAUAAACCUUGACUUGAUUAGGAAAGAAGCAGACAAAUUGGGCCUGACUUCAAGGGCUGAUGGCCUCAGCCAGUGGUUGCUCCAAAACGAUGCCCCCAGGAGGGCGAACGACACCGCAGGCGUCAUCAUCGUCCGAUCCGGUAGACCUAGAUCUAGGGUUUCCCCCGGAACAUCCCAAUUGGGACUGCCGCUAAACGCCACCCAACCAAGACGAGCCCACCACCUUCCCAUGCUCACCGAAGGCGACACCUCCAUGAAGAUGACGACGCCGCGAGCGUCGCUGCCGCCCAAUCCAGAGGGAUUUGGGUUUUCACCCCGCUACUAUGUUAGUGUUUUGGGUCUUCAUGUGGUUUUACAGGCCUUCACGGAGUGGAAGUGGAAAUUGCAGAUUAUCCUGCUGUACUUCUCAAGAUAUCAAGUUAAGUCUGCAGUCCGUACUCGGAGGUCAGAUAAUUCUCAACAAGAUUUGACAGUGGAAAGCGCUCUGAGUAUGUUUUCAUCAGAAGCAAGCGCAAAGGCCAUGGUUAAGAUGAUGUGUCCAGAAGUUGCUCAGCUUCUCUUAGCACAUGCAUACCAGAUCUCUGUCAUCCAUGUUCCCACCCUGAUGUUCUUCUGCUGUUCUGAUAUUCUUCCAUUUACAGCAAUCUACAUCUUGGGUUAUAAUUUUGACAAUCAUAAAACCUUUCAGGUCUGCCUAUCCGUUGAUGGUGAUUCUAGCGAAGCUAAUGAUGCAGCAAAAAUGAUGGGAGCGUCUCUUCUCGAGAUAUCUUGCAAGUUUGUGUUGGCUUUCCAGAAUCUGAGAAAAAUCAACACGAACAUUCAGAUUUCACAGUUUGAGAAAGAAGCUUUGUUCACUGCAGCAACGCUGACAAGAAAACUGCAGAACGGGUGA